GGCCGAGCUUGGAGAUAAAACGGUGGCUUAAAACGGAGAGACCAAAGAGUGAAGGUUAGAACUGUGGCGUAAUAUUCGGGAUCAAGCUUCACCCACCCAGAAAUGGCGAAGCUUAUUCAGAUCCCCUACGACGCUACUGUUCAUCUUGCAUUAGCUUCUCUUGAACGGAAUUUGUUGCCGGACGCCAUCAUAAGAACGUUCACUCGUUUGUUACUCGCUUCUCGUCUUCGCUCCGGUUACAAACCUUCCUCUCAACUUCAACUCUCCGAACUCCUCCAUUUCGUUCACUCUUUAAGGGAAAUGCCCAUAGCAAUUAAGACUGAUAAGCCAAAAGCUCAACACUACGAAGUACCGACUUCCUUCUUCAAGUUGGUUUUGGGGAAGAAUCUCAAGUACAGUUGUUGCUAUUUCAAUGACAAAUCAAGUACUUUAGAGGAUGCUGAGGAUGCCAUGCUACAAAUGUAUUGUGAAAGGUCACAGUUGAAGGAUGGUCACACUGUUCUUGAUGUUGGAUGUGGCUGGGGGUCGCUCUCAUUGUACAUUGCCCAAAAGUAUAAGAAUUGCACGGUAACAGGAAUUUGCAAUUCAAUCACGCAGAAAGCUUACAUCGAGGAUCGGUGCCAGGAUCUCCAACUGCAUAAUGUCAACAUCAUAGUUGCAGACAUAAGCACAUAUGAAAUGGAAGCUGAAUAUGACAGAAUAUUUUCUAUUGAAAUGUUUGAGCAUAUGAAGAACUACAAGGAUCUUCUCAAGAAAAUAUCAGGUUGGAUGAAACAGGAUAGCCUCCUAUUUGUUCAUUAUUUUUGCCACAAGGUGUUUGCCUAUCACUUUGAGGAUGUAAAUGACGAUGAUUGGAUUACUAGAUACUUCUUUGAAGGUGGUACAAUGCUUUCCUCAAAUCUACUUCUCUAUUUCCAGGAUGACGUUUCAAUUGUAGACCAUUGGCUUGUGAAUGGCAAGCACUAUUCUCAAACAAGUGAAGAGUGGCUCAAAAGAAUGGACGAGAACAUAGCUUCAAUAAAACCAAUCAUGGCAACUACUUAUGGGAAGGAUUCGGCUGUGAAGUGGACUGUUUAUUGGAGAACAUUCUUUAUUGCAGUGGCUGAGUUAUUUGGUUACAACAAUGGUGAAGAAUGGAUGGUUAGCCAUUUCCUGUUCAAGAAGAAGUGAUGCAAAGCAACAAAGCUCCUGUGGUUUAAGAGUCCAUAGAACAAGGUGCGAUUUUUAUGAGCUUGAACGAUUGAAUUUCUUCCUUUGAUCUAUUGAUUUGGUGAAGCCAUAUGAUCCAUUAUAUGUCCUGUUUAUUACAAUAUUUGUAUUGUUAGUCAGAUUAUUGGUACCACGAAGUGUCCCUUAAGACCAUUUUACAAAACCUUGUAGCCUGUAGGUAAUUUAACGAUCUACCAUCGGCAUUUUUUACUGGUUCGGAUAUUAUAGAGGAAAUUAGAAUGUGAGUAUAAUUUAAUUAGUUUCAACGUUUGAACCUUGAAAGUUGAAUCUCACUCUACUCCCACUCUAAAUUUGUCAUAUCAAUUAUAGACCAUUUCUUGUAAAUGGCAAGCACUAACAUGAAGGUGAUUUGUUGUUGAA